GGAGCGAGCCGGGAAGGGUAUGGUAGGACAGAGGGCUCUGGGCGGGGUUCGGAAAGGAGCAGCUCCCCAGAAUGACCUUAGUACAACCCUCUCCCCUCCCUGGGCCUCAGUUUCCCCCUUCCUAGGGUAGUGGGGGAUGAGAGAUUUGCGCCUUCCGGAAAGCACAUCCAGCUCUUCGCUCACACCCGUCACCGGCGAACUCCAGCCCCGCCGAAGAGCCCGUCCCUCUGGGAGAACGCGCGGACCACCUGGACGAAGAGUGACCCACACCGUCUCCGUACCCCCAAAGGGCGCCAAGCGUACCCCCCAUUAGAGCGCGUACCAAGCCAUUUCUGAUACUCAGUAUCAACGAGCCAGCAUCCACCCCGCGCCCCCGCCGUUAGACCUACAGCCCUGAGCGAUGGGAAACGUAGCCAGCCAUCUCCGGUUCUUGGAGGCCUAGCACCAGGAGCUGCCCGGAGCAGGUGCACAGGCCCCGUUUGUGGAUACGAUAGAGGUCCAGCUCUCUCAGACAACUGUGGGUAUGAGCAAGGGGGCCACCCCUGAGUCCAGAUGACACUCAUGCCAAUGGCUUCCGUGAUGGCCGUGACUGAACCAAAAUGGGUCUCAAUCUGGGGCCGCUUCCUGUGGGUGAUGCUGCUGAGCAUGGUGCUGGGGUCCCUGCUGGCCCUGCUGCUGCCGCUGGGGGCCGUGGAGGAGCAGUGUCUGGCCUUGCUCAAAGGCUUCUUCCUGCUCAGCAGCAAGUUGGACAGGGCACAGCAUGCCGUCUCCAAGUGUGCCAGACCAUCCACAGAGCUCAGUGUCACCUCCAAGGAUGCGGCACUGCUGGUGGUCAAGAGCAAGUCCUCUCCGGUUGGUAAGUCGGAAGCCAAAGCAGCUCUGAACCAAGCCCUGGAAAUGAAACGCCAAGGCAAGCGGGAGAAAGCCCACAAGCUCUUCUUGCAUGCCCUGAAGAUGGACCCAGACUUUGUGGAUGCACUCAACGAGUUUGGCAUCUUCUCAGAAGAGGACAAGGACAUCAUCCAGGCAGAUUAUUUGUACACCCGAGCCUUGACCAUCUCGCCCGACCACAAGAAAGCGCUGAUCAACCGGGACCGGACGCUGCCACUGGUAGAGGAGAUCGACCAGAGGUACUUCAGCAUCAUCGACAGCAAAGUAAAGAAGGUCAUGUCCAUCCCCAAGGGCAACUCCGCACUGCGAAGGGUCAUGGAGGAAACAUACUACCAUCACAUCUACCACACGGUUGCAAUUGAGGGCAACACGCUCACCCUGUCAGAAAUCAGGCACAUUCUGGAGACCCGCUAUGCUGUGCCAGGGAAAAGCCUGGAGGAGCAGAACGAGGUCAUUGGCAUGCACGCAGCAAUGAAGUACGUCAACACCACACUGGUUUCCCGCAUCGGGUCCGUCACCAUCAGCGACAUAUUGGAGAUCCACAGGCGGGUGCUGGGUUACGUGGACCCCGUGGAAGCCGGCAGGUUUCGGACAACACAGGUCCUCGUGGGACACCACAUCCCGCCCCAUCCUCAAGAUGUGGAGAAGCAGAUGCAAGAGUUCAUACAGUGGCUCAACUCUGAGGAUGCUAUGAAUCUGCACCCUGUUGAGUUUGCUGCCUUGGCCCAUUAUAAACUUGUUUACAUCCACCCUUUCAUUGACGGCAAUGGAAGGACCUCACGCCUGCUGAUGAACCUCAUCCUAAUGCAGGCGGGCUACCCACCCAUCACCAUCCGCAAGGAACAGAGAUCUGAGUACUACCACGUACUGGAAGUCGCCAAUGAAGGCGACGUGAGGCCGUUCAUUCGCUUCAUUGCCAAGUGUACGGAGACCACCCUGGACACCUUGCUCUUUGCCACAACAGAGUACCCGGUGGCACUGCCUGAGGCCAAACCCAACCAUUCUGGGUUCAAGGAGACACUACCUGUGAAACCAUAACCCUUUAAAGCCUCCCUUAGUGUGGGAUUUCCAGGGGGAGGAAAAAAUCAAAACUUAGGAUUUCUAGAAACCUUGUCGUUUCCCAAAGCAAAAGGAGACAGAUAAGGAACUUAAACGUUCUUUACCUCCAUUUUUUUUUUUUUAAGAAAAAAACUAAAUUAUUAAGCCUUGUCUCUAAGAUAACUUAUAAUUCAGCCAAGUUAUUUAUUUUCUUCUUUUGAGCUAGUGAUGUUGUGUCUGCCAUCCAUGCUGGUGGCCCAUGCUUAUGGUGGUCCCAGCAGGCAGUGGGGGCACCAGUGUUCUUUGCAUGUGACCAGAACAGGUCCCGGAGCAGAAUUUGCACUAAGGUGGGGAGAGGCCAAGACUGGGAUGAGAUCCAGAGACAGAGGACUAACUCCCCCAAGUCUUUCUCUGAAACUGGUUAAAAGGUUUUGUGACUUUACCUGGGAGGUCAGCUCCGCUGAGGAGAACCUGGUCCCCAUUUUGAGAAAUGACUGAGUGCUUGCUUGCUUAGAGCUUUUUGCUUCCCCACUUAAGAUAUUGGUGGUGUGACUGAUUCUUACUGGCAGGGCAAACUUCUGAGAUACAACAUGAAAUGAGUGCUGACAACAUUUCUAGUUUGGUAUCUUGCUUAUUUCAAGAGCCAUAGUUUGCAAACUCUACUGUUGGAGGCUACUUUUCCAUAUUAAUACUAUUUUUCUAAUUAAGAAUAGGGGACUGGCCAGCCUGCUUUUUCCUUUUCUGCUGAUGUUUCUCUCACUGCGUCAGCAGCCACUCAGCCCAGAUGUUUUCAUCUAAAAGUUCUCUGGGUUUUCAGCGAACUGAGCCAGGCUGCAGAUCAGGUCAUGUGCGAGUGGGCAGGUCUGCCCUCACUCCCUGCUGAAUUUAACAUCUUCUAUCAGUAGAUGUUAAAGAACACAUCUGAUAAAACAGAUACCGUGUCAACACCAAAUAAGCUUUUUUUUUAAUCCCUACCCAAGGAUAUGUUUGUUGAUUCUAGAGAGGGAGGGAAACAUUGGUCAGUUGCCUCCCGUAUGCACCUUGACUGGGGAUAAAAUCCGCCACCUCCCCGUGUACCCAAGAUGCUCCAACCCGCUGAGCCUCCCAGCCAGGGCUAAAUAAGCAUUCUGAUAAUGAAUUAGAGCAUCAGUUUGUACUGAACCAUGAAAAACUUUGACCGCAGCUGGGACAUGUCCCUUUUUGUCAUGCAGCCUGGUCCACUUACUGACCUGACCCCCACUUCCCACAGCCACUGUACUGUCCAGCAUCCUGUUGGGGAGGCAGAAGAGACUGCCUUGGAGUGUUUUUGUCUAACAAUUUACAGAGUGUUUUAUGCAGUAUGGCCCAGCCGUCAUUCUGUGGCAGAAGAGAGGAUCUUCUCUUUCAGUCACACAGGGCACAGGCACCAACAGGACUGCUGCCAUCUAGAGAGAAUGGCCCGAAACCUUGGGUUCUGUCCCAGGGCCAGAGCCCAGGCUGCCUAACACUGUGCUGCGCUCUGUCAGUGUCUUGAGUGAUGCUGAGUUAUGUACCAUGCUGUCUCUGAUGUGAGAAUGGGUCACUUUUCUCAUGUAGCAAGUAUUCAGUUUAUAAUUAUUUAAUUGUAUAAUAAGCACAUUCAGAAUGGUUUUCUGAAAGAUUACCAAGGAAAAUAGAUGUACAAAAUGGCCCCAAGUGAGUUAGUCAAACCUUUAUAAAAAAUAUUUUCGUACUUGUAUGCUGCCAUAAAGGUAUUUCUUACACCUUAAAUCUUCUAUCAUCUUGGUUUUGUAAGCACACCAAGGAAGCUUGACCGAAGUACUUGCUUUGUACUAUUGAAAUUGGCACUUUAGCUAAAUGUGAAGGAUGUUAUUUUAACAAAUAACUGACUCUAAUAAAGUAUUUUAUUAUAUUAAAUAAA